GUCAGGCACCUCCCUCUGGCUGUGGUCUUUGGCUCUUCGCAGUAAGAAGGUGGAGCAGGUCAGUUGUCAGUCCAGAGGAACACUGUCGGUCUAUAGUAGGUUUUUGAACGGUGUUUUCCCCAAUAUAUAAAGGUCAUACUGAUUAUACAUCAACACAAGCUGUCGUACUCAAAUUGACUAUGGCUGGCUCUAGUAUGUUAGGUGAAAUCGAAACUGAUGACUGCUUGGAAGACUGGUCUGCGAUGAGCACGCGAUUGAGCUCCUUCCAGUCUUUUCCCAAUUCUGUACAGGUUCCCGCAGAGAGGCUGGCUCGGGCAGGCUUGUACUUCACAGGUGAAUCUGAUCGUGUGCGUUGCUUCAGCUGUUUGCACACCAUUGAGAACUGGCACCAAGGGGACAACCCAGUAGAAAGACACCAGUCUGUGUCACCUUCCUGCAUAUUCCUCAAAUGCGUUCAUCACAGGAGCCCUACCGGUGGAACCUCCUCCCAGUCUCAUGGCUCUAUCUAUGAUGAAGACGAUGAAGCAAUGGAGUAUAGAUUAAGAACAGGAGAAGUGGUGGAUGAGUCAAUGUACCCCAAGGUUCCGCAUAUGAAGAGCGAAGACGUGCGGCUGAGGACAUUUAUCAACUGGCCCUCUUGGUCCCCAGUCCAGCCUCAUGACCUAGCACAAGCUGGAAUGUUUUAUGUGCCAGAGAGUAACAGGCAACUAGACAGGGUUCAGUGUUUCUGCUGCGCAGGCAUGCUAGUCAACUGGGAGGAGGGUGACGAUCCCUGGCAGGAACAUGCCAGACUUUACCCAAAUUGCUUCUUUAUUUUGGGUCAUGAUGUGGGGAACAUCCCCUCUGAGCAGCCCAGACAGAGUCGUAGCAGUUCAAUGGAAUCAUUUGAGGAGCGCUUCGAAAGCUUCAAGGACAGAGCACAUCCUAUCAACCCUGAAAUGCUGGCUAGAGCUGGGUUUUACAGCAUGGGAGAGCGAGAUGGUGUGGUUUGCUUCAAAUGUGGAGGACGUCUGAAGACCUGGCAGCCAGAUGAUGAUCCAUGGGUGGAGCAUGCUAAGUUCUAUCCAGGAUGCAGUUUCCUGCUCGCUGAAAAAGGGCAAGAGUUUAUCAACAGCGUUCAGCUAAGACAUCCUGCAUUCAGCACUGCAAAUGGAUUUUCCAGUCAUGAGAGACCAGCAUCAAAUGUACUGCAGUUAGAGAUUGCCAGGAAAGCUGUCGAGAUGGGUUAUGAUCCUGAUAAAGUGCAAAGGUUCAUUUUGGAAAAGCUCCGUCGGAGCAGCAAGGGCUAUUCAGCUGUGGAAGAUCUCAUUCGAGACAUAUACAGUGGUGUGGGUGAUGUUUCUGCUAUGAGUCUGGAAUCUAAAACCGAAGACCCCUUGAAGAAGCUGGAGAAACUGCAACAUGAAAAGCUCUGCAAAGUGUGCAUGGACAGCGACGUUACGAUGGUCUUCAUACCCUGUGGACACUUGGUGACCUGCAUGCAGUGCUCCGAGUCUCUUCAGAAGUGCCCCAUCUGUUGUGCAGAGAUUACACAGAAAAUCAAGACGUUCAGCUCGUAACUUCCAGCGUACUCAAGUUCAGAUAACACUGCUGCAUUUCCUAUUCAUAUAAUCAUGAAAAUUUAUUAAAUACACACAUACAUGGCUGCUCCAAAAUACACAUAGAUGCUUUAUUUAUACAGAAUUCAACAGAAUAAUUCCAUUGUUUUAUAACCUGAAAAAUUUGUAUAUUUGGAUUACAUUAGAGUAUAUAUAUAUAUAUAUGACCUAUGGCAAAUGCUAUUAAUUUUAUAAACUUUGAUAUUGCUUAGUAUGUAUCUUGAUAAGAAUUUGUAAAUAUUUGAUAAACGGAUAGAAUAAAUAAAUUGUACGUAGAUAAUUUCUCUCUCUUUAUAUACUUUCCGCUAGCUUUUUGCCUAAAGAUCUAUGCGGAUAAUUCAUCUGCAUUAGCCGUUGUUCUUGCUGUAAAAACAUUUGGGAAAAAAAUGCAUACAAACAUGCCACAGUGUGCUGACGGGGAUAAACUAUGUGCUUUUGCAUCACAGAACACAUAUCCAAAUACAUUUAUUUAUUUUAAAGUAUUCCAGGUUUAGCUUCACCCUGACCCUAACAGAGUGCCUUUCUUAAAUUAUUUUAAAUGCAAUUCUAAUUAAUUGUUUUUUAUCUUUUAUUGUUUUCAUCUUUAAGCUUUGGUUAACUUGAUUUACAAAUAACUGUAGUACUUUAAUUUUGGUUUUAGAAUAUGCAUAUAUAAUAUACAUGCAGCAGCCUGACCAAGAGUUGUAUUGACACUAGACAAUAAAAUGAUAA